GGAACCGAAUAGAUUGACAAAUCGAAAGUGAAGUAUUUAUUUAUGAAAAAAACACGUAAAGUAAACGAAAAAGAUCUUCGACCUUUCACAUAUCCUUCGUUAAGAAAUCAAAUUCCUUACUUAUUAAGGAAGAAUAAAAAGAUUAUUAAUUACACUUUAUUAAAAAAAUCAAAUCCUCUAAAUUUCUCAAUCCCUUAAUUCUUCAUCGUUUUUCUUUGGAAGUGAUUCUGAUCGAAACCCUAAACGAUGUCGAUGCUCAAUUCGUUCUUCGCUCAGGGUUUUAAGGCUGCUAAAUGCAAAACUCUGCUUAAACUGACAAUUCCACGGAUAAAGUUACUCAGAAACAGAAGAGAGAUUCAAUUGAAGAAUAUGCGACGUGACAUUGCCAAGUUACUUGAGACUGGCCAAGAGGCCACAGCUCGCAUUCGGGUAGAGCAUAUUAUUAGAGAGGAGAACAUGAUGGCCUCUCAAGAGAUCCUUGAACUCUUUUGUGAACUUGUUUCUGUCCGCCUUCCAAUAAUUGAAUCUCAAAGGGAAUGUCCCCUAGAUUUGAAGGAAGCUAUAUCUAGUAUAUGUUUUGCUGCACCAAGGUGUGCUGAUCUGCCAGAGUUGAUACAAGUUCAGAUGCAAUUUGCGACCAAAUAUGGGAAGGAGUUUAUUUCUGCCGCUACUGAGCUCAGGCCAGAUUGUGGUGUUAAUCGCCAGUUAAUAGAGCUGCUGUCAGUUCGUGCUCCUUCAGCAGAAAAGAAACUCAAUCUUCUAAAAGACAUUGCUGCUGAACAUGACCUAGAUUGGGAUCCAGCUACUGCGGAAACUGAGUUCUUGAAAAAACAUGAAGACUUAUUGAAUGGCCCGACCGAAUUUUUUAGUGGGUCAAAAUUACCCCUUCCUGAAGAAAAACACAAUGAGGAGUUGUAUUCCACUCAUGAUACACCCAAUAAAGAGCAACCUGACUCUGAUUCGGACUCUGACAUAUUAGACUUCCCUGAAGUUCCGAAGGCAUCUGUCCAGCCAAAUGCGAAUUUUGCCACGGCUCCAGACAUGGUUAUACCUCCAGCAGCUAAGCCACACCCUGAAGUUGAUCAUCAUUCAUCAAGCCAUUCUGGAGAUUUUGCAGAUUUGAAGCAGGAACAUGUUGAAUCAAUCGUUCACAAAGAUGAAUCCCAUACUUCAUUUGGAAAAAUGGAAAGUAAACAGUUUUUGCCAUUCAUCUCCCCUCCAUCAGAACCAUCUUCAUCAUAUAAUGCAAGGGAUAGUGACUCACCUCCCUCCUUAUCAACUGCAAAAUCUAUCUCCUCUCCAUCAGUAUCAUCUGCACCAUAUAGUGCAACACACAGUGACCUGCCUCCCUUCUCUUCAACGGCAAAACCUGUCGAGCCUCCAUCAGAAACAUUUGCAUCAUAUAGUGCAACAAGGCAUAGUGACUCACCUCCCACUUUAUCAACUGCAAAAUUUGUCUCCCCUCCAUCAGAAACAUUUGCAUCAUAUAGUGCAACAAGACAUAGUGACUCACCUCCCAUUUUGUCAACUGCAAAAUCUGAAGAUAAUUUGAACUUGCAGGAUGUUGUAGCUGCUGCACAUGCUGCUGCAGAAACGGCUGAACGUGCAGCAGCUGCAGCUCGUUCAGCAGCUAGUGUUGCUCAACUUCGUAUUAGCGAGCUUACCAAGAUGAGAAGUAAUGAACAUAUACCUGACAGUAGCUCUGAGAAUCCUUUUUAUGCUGGAGGCAACAGUGAAUCUACAACAGAGAGGGAUAAUUUCACUGAGAAAAAUGUUGCAGAUAACCCUAAUGGAAAUGUUAUUGAGGAUCAUGAUAUUCACGAGGAUCAUUAUACUUCAAUAGGCUCUCACUCAUCAAGUUUUCCGUCAUUCGAUACACUCAAGGAAGAUUUUGGUAAUUCCCCACCUACUGAUCAUGUAUUGGAUGACAAUUCCAGUAGUCACCAGCCUAAAAGGUUAGCUUCAAUGGAUGACGACCCAUAUUUCUCAUAUCCCAACUUAUUUACAUCUCAAAACUCAAAUGUUGGAUCUUACACUCAUUCAGAUAAUAACCGUUCCACUUAUGAUAUGUGACAAUGAGCUAUCAUUCAACCACACAUUUCCUUCAAAUCCGAACCCUGAAAUCUUCCUUGCGAGUGUGUUUUAUGCUGCUGCAGAAUCCACUUUACCUUUGGUUUUCUUUUCAAAAAGCAUGCAAUUCCUGUCUUUCUUUUCUUCAUAGUAUACUCUAUGGCUGGCUUUGCAUAAUGAACAUCACUGAAAAUAUUUAAUUGCAAUGUGGAAAUCUGAUAGUUUCAGAAUAAAACCUUUCAGCUUUGCUUUUUGUUUUUUACAUUAUAGGAGGAUACAGGGCAUAUAAUACGUUCAAAGCUUCGUUUGUAAUUAUUGUAAUAUUGUUGAAUAUUACAGUGUGAAUGUUAUCACUUUACUUAAAUGCAAUUGACUUUAUCACA